AUGAAGUUAUCAAAAGCCACUCUCCUAUCAUCCUUAACAGCUUCUUCUGUCCUAGCUGCUCCUGCUGUCGUCACUGUCACCGAACACGUUCACGUCGCUGCUACUGUCGUCGUUCAAGGCUUUGUCUACGUCGAAGAUGGCCAAACUCAAACUACUUUCGUCACUUUAGAUGGUCUCGCUCAACCAACCGCUUCUAUUGCUUCUGCCAUUUCAAGUAACCCAGCUGUCUCUAGCGUCGCUUCUUCUGAAGCAGUCGCUCCAACCACUACCACCACACCAACCACUACUGCCACACCAACAACAACUACAACUCCAACCACCACAACCACGCCAGCUACUUCAACUACUCCAACUACUGUUAUCACCAGCACUACUUCUGCUGCCGCUACCGCUUCAAGUUUAUCUGAUUUCGCCUCUUCCAUGUUAGAAGAACAUAACGACAAGAGAGCUUUACAUGAAGAUACGCCUGCCCUAACUUGGUCUGAGACUUUAGCUGAUUACGCUCAAAAUUACGCUGAUUCUUACGACUGUUCCGGUAACUUAGUACAUUCCGGUGGUCAAUAUGGUGAAAAUCUAGCCUUAGGUUAUGGUACUACUGGAGCUGUCGACGCUUGGUACGACGAAAUCUCAAGCUACGACUGGUCCAACCCAGGUUCAAGUUCAGGCACCGGCCAUUUCACCCAAGUCGUCUGGAAAUCCUCCACAGAAGUCGGUUGUGGUCUAAAGCAAUGUGGUGGUUUAUGGGGAGACUAUGUUAUCUGUUCAUACAACCCAGCCGGUAACUACGCUGGCGAAUACGCUGACAACGUCAUGCCAUUAGCUUGA